CAAAUAUGGCAAAAAAGAGCUAUGAGACAGUCCUCUUUUUCUUCUUCUUCUUCUUCUUCGUCAUCGUCAUAAGCUUCAGUUCCAUUUCUGUUUCUGCACAAGUUUGUGAAAACAUUACUGGAAUAUUCAUACCCAACAGUACUUAUGACAACAACCGUCGUCUCAUCCUUCCCACCCUCCCUUCAAACGUCACGGCUCAUGACGGCUACUUCCAAAGUUCGAUCGGGCUUGGUCUGGACCGAGUCUACGCCAUGGGGAUGUGCGCUCCAGGCGCUGAACCUAAUGUUUGUUCUCAGUGUAUUGAGACCGCAUCUGAUGGCUUACUACAGAACUGUCAAAACCAGGUAGACGCUUUCUCAUGGUCGGGUGACAAAACCCUUUGCCUUGUUCGCUACACUAACCGCUCCUUCUCCGGAUUACUAGGCAUGGAGCCACGCGGAGCGAUCGCCAGUACUGCAGAUACCAAUCUGAAUCAGACUUACUUUGAUAGCGUGUGGACAAAGUUAAUGUUUGGUAUGAUCUCUAAUAUCUCCUCUUCCUCAUCAGCCGGGAACAAUGCGUCUAAGUACUAUGCUGGCGAAGACGAUGUAGUUCAAUUACCGGACUUCAGGAACAUAUCAGCGUUGAUGCAAUGCACACCAGAUGUUUCUUCUGAAGAUUGUGACGUUUGCUUACGGACAAACGUUAUUGACUAUCAGACGUGUUGCCGUAGGAGGCAAGGUGGAGUUAUAUCGCGACCAAGUUGCUUUUUCCGGUGGGAGUUGUAUCCUUUCAUUGGUGCUUCAGAUCUUAUUUUCUUACAGCCUUCAACGCCGCCCUCUCUUACACCAUCUCCUGUUUCCAAAGAACCGUCUCUCACAGUACCCUCUCAUGUUUCCAAGAAAGAUACAAGAAUUUCAGGAGGAGUUAUUGCGGCGAUUGUCGUUGCUGUUCUUGUUGCCAUAAUAUUGAUUACUCUAGGCGUUGUUAUUUUAAAGAGAAGAAAGAAAAAGCAAGAAAUUGAACUUCCAAAUCCAACCGAAUCGAUCCAGUUUGAUUUAAGCACAAUUGAAGCUGCUACAAACAACUUUUCUGAGCGUAACAAGCUUGGUGAAGGAGGAUUUGGUGAGGUUUACAAGGGUAUGCUCAUGAAUGGUACUGAAGUUGCGGUGAAGAGAUUGUCUAAAACAUCAGGACAAGGUGAAGUAGAGUUCAAGAACGAGGUUAUUGUUGUUGCAAAACUUCAGCACAGGAAUCUUGUUAGACUUCUUGGGUUUUCAUUACAAGGAGACGAGAAGUUACUUGUCUAUGAGUUUGUUCCUAACAAAAGCCUCAACUAUUUCCUCUUCGACUCUAAGAAGAGAACUCAGUUGGACUGGACAGUUAGACGCAACAUCAUUGGGGAAAUUACUCGAGGGAUUCUAUAUCUUCAUCAAGAUUCACGGCUCAAGAUCAUACACCGUGACCUCAAAGCGAGUAACAUUCUCUUAGAUGCUGAUAUGAAUCCGAAAAUCGCUGAUUUUGGAAUGGCAAGGAUCUUUGGAAUCAACCAAACUGUAGCCAAUACAUCAAAAGUGGUCGGAACCUUUGGUUAUAUGCCACCAGAGUAUGUGGCAAAUGGGCAGUUCUCGGCUAAAUCGGAUGUCUAUAGCUUUGGAGUAUUGAUUCUUGAGAUCAUUAGUGGCAAAAAGAAUAGCAGCUUCUACCAGAUGGAGGGUCUAGUUAACAACUUAGUCACAUAUGUCUGGAGACUUUGGGAGAGUAAAUCAUUGCACGAGCUCGUAGAUCCUGGCAUCAGAGACAAUUGUAAAAGUGAUGAAGUCAUUAGAUAUAUUCAUAUUGGGCUGUUAUGUGUUCAAGAAAAUCCUGUAGAUCGUCCCACAAUGUCUACCAUUCACCAAAUGCUUACAAUCAGCUCAAUUGCGCUGCCCCUCCCUCUGCCACCUGGAUUUUUUUGCAGUAACGAGCCAAGAUCGAAUCCACUAGCCCAGGGACUGGAACCGGGUCAAUGGAACAGCAAGUCUUUUACUUGUUCUGUAGAUGAAGCUACUAUCACCGAUGUUAUUCCUCGUUGAAUACUCAACAUGUUAUGUUUGGUUUAAGUUUUUUUUUCCACAAACGCAUGUCACUUUCUCAUAUAUUCCUUAAUUUUUACCCAUAGUUCAUUUAGAAUGAAUACGUUUCUAGACCAUGAUAAGAGGCAG